GCUGGGAGUGGCGGCCACGCUGGGUUCCGCCAUGACCCUAGCAGGGUUUGACCUCGAAAAAGUUUGACGGUGGCUCGAUGUGGCUUUCCGCUCCCCGAGACUCAGCGUCUCCGGGGGUGGCCGCCUUCCCAGGGUGUGCGGGGCCUGCCUGGGUGCCCCCAGAGGGGUUGCCGGUUCUCUGACUUGGCGUUGGAUGGAUCACCAGGCAGCAAGGCCCGCAUUGUUUCUGGGGAAGACCUCCCGCUAUGUGCUCACUGGGAGGAGAGGCCCCACACCCAGAGACCUGCAGUGACCUGUACCCUAACCCUGUACCGACCUGCCCACUGUUAGUAGCUAAGUGCGGUUUUGCCUUAGGGUGACCGCCCUAAAUGUCCUGACCCUGCUCUGCUUUCAUUAGUCUCCCUCACCACCCUGGAGAAUCUGCCAACCACAGUCCAGGGAGGAGGCUGGGUUGUGGUGAUUUGAGAGGGGCCAGGCUGGAGGCUCAAGCAAUAUGACAAGCCUUCCCAGCUGAUCUCAGGACCAAGUGAUUAAUCAUGUUCCGUGAGGCCUGUUUCUAAGUUAGAGUUGCUGCUCCUGCCAGGGAAGUUAACUUCUAAGCUCAGCCCCGCCCUCCAGAUUGCCAGAGAACGUAUUUGCCGGGCAAUCAAAGAUCUAUACCUACAUGAGCCCGAACAAAUGCUCUGGAAUGCGUUCCCCCCUUCAGGAAGAGAACUCAGUUGCACAUCACGAAGUCAAAUGCCAGGGGAAACCAUUAGCUGGAAUCUACAGGAAACGAGAAGAGAAAAGAAGUGCUGGGAAUGCCAUCCGGAGCUCCCUGAAGUCCGAAGAACAGAAGAUCAAAGACGCCAGGAGAGGUCCCCUGGCACCUUUUCCAAACCAAAAAUCUGAAGCAGCAGAACCUCCAAAAACUCCAACCUCGACUUGUGAUUCUACCAAUGCAGCCGUUGCCAAGCAGGCCCUGAAAAAGCCCCUCAAGGGAAAACAGACCCCUCGGAAAAAGCCUGAUGGUUGCUUUCUCCUCUUCUCACCCAGAGCUCAAGGAAAAACGCAACAGAAUCGCAAACUCACGGACUUCUACCCUGUCCGGAGGAGCUCCAGGAAGAGCAAGGCCGAGCUGCAGUCUGAAGAAAGGAAGAGAAUAGAUGAGCUGAUUGAAAGUGGGAAGGAAGAAGGCAUGAAGAUUGACCUCAUUGAAGGCAAAGGCAGGGGCGUGAUCGCCACCAAGCAGUUCUCCCGGGGUGACUUUGUGGUGGAGUACCACGGCGACCUUAUCGAGAUCACUGACGCCAAGAAGCGAGAGGCUCUGUAUGCACAAGACCCCUCUACGGGCUGCUACAUGUAUUAUUUUCAGUAUCUGAGCAAAACCUACUGCGUGGACGCCACCAGAGAGACAAACCGCCUGGGAAGGCUGAUCAAUCACAGCAAGUGCGGGAACUGCCAGACGAAGCUGCACGACAUCGAUGGCGUGCCUCACCUCAUCCUCAUUGCCUCCCGCGACAUCGCAGCCGGGGAGGAGCUGCUGUAUGACUACGGGGACCGCAGCAGGGCCUCCAUCGAGGCCUACCCAUGGCUGAAGCAUUGACGCCAUCGGCUUCCUCACCCGCCUCCCUUCUUCAAAGGACAAAGUGCCCUCAAAGGGAAAUGAUUUUUUUUUUACAUACUUAAUCUUAGCGGAGUACUUCAGAUCUUUUUAAAAAGUAUAUUAAGAUGCCUUUUCACUGUAGUAUUUAAAUAUCUGUUACAGGUUUCCAAGGUGGACUUGAACAGAUGGCCUUAUAUUACCAAAACUUUUAUA